CAAGCCGACAACAAUCCAAGAUUUUCACCUUCAUCGACACACUAAUUCCACCGCCAGCUGCAAAGAGGAUAGCGCCAUAUUGGCUAAUUGAAAAUGUCGAGUCAGAUCGACUCAUCAGAUGAACAAUUUUCCGCCUCUGAGCAGGCACAUUCGAGCUCACCAUCUCCUUUGCAAUUUUCCCGAGCGUCGUCCUAUCGAGGCCGCGAGUAUACCCUUUAUGACGCGGUCGCCGGUCAGGUAUCUCUAAAUGAACGCGUCCAGCCACAUGGCGGCAGCAGCCGUCGCAGCAAUCGACCUGGCUCAGGAAACCUCACCUCCCGCACCUACAGGCUUGCCCCAGAAGAGGUUCUAUUUCGGCGGCACAACGCCCCGACUCGAUAUGCCGAGCAUGAUAUCUACUGGGCCCAUGAGGAUUUGCUGCCGUCACAGCAACUACCCGACAGUGCCCUGCUGAGAUCUGUUCACUGUUACGCAAGUAAAUUCUACGACUACACUGCCUUGGAUUCUUCCCACCUCCACUCCAAGCUCCCCAAGGAUGGAUCACCUUCUCUUCCAAGCCAGACACAACCACACUCGGAGUUUUUCCAAAAGAAAGCAAACACAGACCUCCGGAGCCUAGAUGAGACGGCCAUCCUGGCUUUUGGCGUCCUCCUUGAAGAAGCCAGCCGUGAAGUGCUAGGGAAGCGGGGCGACUUGGUGUUUACCGAGGCAGAGGGAUAUCAGCCUCCCCAAGCCCCUUCUCAAGCAGCUGGUGCAACGCCAGCAACCACGGCCGCCACCCUGGUGCCAUCAUCAACAGGGGGAACCGAAGAGGGAAAGGCAAAUGGCGGUGGGGCCCUGGAUACUGAUGUCUCACACGGUGAAGGAGGCCCAAAAAAACGAAGGAAAGUGGCGAGCAGACGCAAAAAACGCCCUGACGAUGGUCCUGACAGACUGGACUGA